AUGGCAUCCUUUGACGUGGUUGGUGAGCCUUCUGAAGAAGAUGAUGUUCAUGUUAUUCUUGAGUACAAGACAGGGGAGCAGUUUGGCAAAUAUAUAUCACCAAGGGCAAACAGGUUCAUCAUUCACAGCGAUAUACACAACCCAUACCUGAGCGGUUUAGAAGAAUUUCAAGAAGAGCUGAAAUAUUUCAAUCCUCAGGUAGUAGUCCUUGGUGGCCUUCAGAUGAUGGACAACUUUCCUUUCUCUGAAGGUGAGAGGGAGGCGAGACUUGAGAUGCAACGAGCCAUGAUCCUCGGUCUCCCUAGCUCCACCCCAGUUCACUUGGAGCUGGCCUCCUUUGCCGAGGAGGCACUUCUCCAUCAACUCCUGGAGUAUGUCAUUCCUUAUUCUGACUCCUUGGGCAUGAACGAGCAGGAGCUGCCCAACCUCUACAGUCUCCUCAACUAUGGCAACGUCAGUCUGGUCUCGGAUGCCUAUCCUAGGGUAGCCACAAUGCUGGACCAGAUCCGAUCCGUCUACAGCAUCCUCCGGAAUCAACCGCAACGGGAAGGACUGCGGAGGGUCACACGGCUCCACGUCCACACCCUAGCCUUCCAGGCCAUCUUGACAACAGAAGGGUCAGCAUGGAAGAACACUAUGUCCGCAGCUGCGAAGGCAUCGUUGACGGCUCACAGGCACGUGUGCGCCAGCUCCGAAGUCGACAUGGCCAAGUCGCGCCUCAUCAUGGACGACUCCUUUUCCGUUUCUCAAGAGGACGGCAGUCGCAAGAUCCCGUUGGAGGUUGAUAAACCUGUUUCGUGUUGGAAGGAGGAAGAUUACGAGAUUUGCGUUGCUCCUGUGUUGGUAUGUACGCAGGUGCACAGGACAGCCGGGGGUGGGGACAAUAUAUCGUCAGCUGGACUUUCGGUUCAGAUAUGAGUUUUAUAAAUUGACACAAGAUCUACUUAUUCACAGGAACUCUAUUCAAGAAAACUAUCUUCUGGUACGCAGCCCAUACUUUUUGGUCACAAAAGACACAAUCAGUGGUUUUGGACAUCUGCCAAAAACUAGGUACACAUAAUGUAUGGCACAUACAAAUGGUGCACAUCUAUUAAUAGCACUAUCUAUGAACAAUAAUUUUUGAAGGAUAUAAAUGAGUAUCACCUGCUGUGGUGUUUAGGAAAGAGAGGAAGAAUGGGGAGCAUGUAAAGAGUUAACACAAUGAGUGCAUUCAAUGGCUUCAACAGUAAUAACAUCACCCCUGUGGGGGGCGUUCCGCAGAAUUGAAAUGUGACUUAGAGCCACACAAGAAUUCCCAGUUCGGUACGGUAUAAGAUGCAUUGUCGCAUUCGUCGGAACAUACUUUACCCAUUGGAGACUGAUUGAUUUUGUUAUAACACACAUAUUCCAUAGAAUCCAGGCAGCGUAUAUGUGGGCUCGGUCUCCCAAUGAGUUAAUGAGAUCGCUAGAUGCUGGAUGUACGUGUGUCUUUAUCUAAGCUUGACUUUUAAGUCACACUUAAUUCUUUUUCAAACAACCCCUGAUCAUGGUGGUGAUUUUUUUUACCUGAUUUCUAAGAAAGCAUGAAUACUUGUAGGCAAGCAACCAGAGGACUGACAGCUUAAGGUCCUCUUCGAGGGACCUGGUAAUGAGGAUUAAUGCCUUACCAAAGGGCACUAGCACACCGUGGGGGAAUCGAAACCGGGUCACCGGAAUCCGAAACCCCCGCUCUACCGACUGAGCUAUCGCACCUCGACAUGUGAUAAGUGAGAAUGACAUAUGUACAUGUACAUUAGAUUUCUAGAAUUCAAAGUAUAUAUCACAUUACAGCAAUUGCCCUCAAGAUUUCAUUCAUUUAAUGUUCUGUUAUUCCUCCUGAUAUUUGUGUCUGUUGAAUCUAUCAGUAUCUUCUUUAAAUCAGUACUUGAUGAUAUAAUCAAUAAUUUCAAUUAACCAAUCGUGCUGUUCGUGUGUGCUUAAUGUAACCAGCGAAAAAAAAAAAAACGUUGUGCAUUGUGAAUAACUGGUUUGCCUAUAGGAAUUCAUGGCCUUUUUAUUUAGAUGAUUAAUGUAAUUUGAAUUUUAAUAUCUAAUAUGAAACCUUUUAUAUAAAAAGACCAAUAUGAAACUAAUGUGAAUAGACAUAUUUUUAGCAUUCGGUAUGAAAAAGGGUCCAUAAAACCAUUUUCAUAUUUUAUGUUCCGUUCAAUUAUCUUUUCAAUUUUAUAAUUUUAAGCAUAUUUUCUUAUUUACUUGGUAGUAAAUACCAGGUUAUUUUGUCAUUGCUUGGAAUGUUUUUUUUAAAAGAUAUAAUUGCUUAAACGCAAACUGAGGCCUAUAGCCAUUUAUGACAAUGGUUUUGAAGAGAAAUAAAUGUAAUUGCUACAUGUUUUUAACUCAAUAUGUAGACCAGUUGGACAUUAUUUUUUUCAAAUGAAAAUAUUGCUGCUUUAAAAAGGUACUAGUAGUCAAAAAGAAUAUAGAGCAAGCCGUUUUUUUUUUUAAUUUCCAUUUAUCCAUAAUAGUUUUAGUUAAGUUAUUUAUUUGUAUUUAUAGAUUCAGAGAGGUGAGAUUCACCUGUAGUUUUCUGUUCUAAUUGGAAUUUAUCAGGAAACUUGGGUUGAGAAUGGUGAUGGAGAACCUACCUUUACAGUGGGUGCAGUUUACAUUUUUUUUCCAAUCAGAAAUGCUUUUUUUCUUUUAAAAGUCUUUAAAUGAUAAAUUACCAUUUAUUUACUUGAAUUUCCACAAUAUAAGUUGUCACAAAUUUUCAAAUAUUGAUAAAUGUUUUGGUGUUCCAAGUAAGUUUCAACAUCUCUCAAACACAAUAAUUUAUUUGCAAAAGAAGGACAACUUUCGUUAGCUUUAUUCAUAAAUGAGUUGAAAUUUGUUGAAAAUGUUGAAAAGUCUAUUGCUUUUAAAAAGGGCAAGGAGAUGCUACAUUAUAAAAAAUGGAGACCUUUUACUAAUUUUGAACUAAGUUGAGACUUGCUUUUAUUUGUUAUGUAUUUAAUGAUGUACUUUAUCUUCAUUACAAUGAAUAUUGAUGUAUCUUGAUGUAUCUUGUUGUACACGAUGGAUAUUGUACAUAUAUUUUGUUUUAUUGAAGCAAUAAAGAUUCAAAAAAGAAAAAAAACACAUUUAUUUUCAUCGUUUAUGACCAGCCAUCCAAAAACAGUAAGUUGCCAGGGAAGGUACUGUGCCGAAAGCCAAACGGUCUAACGUUAAAUAAUAAUAAUAAAGAGAUACAAAGAGUUCAUCUGACACUCUUUUUCCUGACUACUUGGAGGUUCAGUGAGAUUUGUACAGUGCACAUCCCAUGCACGUGCCUGAACUCCAAAAUUUAAAUCUUGUUUUCUCAAUAUUUUUUAAGCUCUCACUGAAUUUCUCCUACAUUUAAUCAAGUAUUGUGUGGGUUAUUGUUGAUCAAUUUUAGGAUGUGCUCUUAAUUUCAUAAAAGCUUUGAAUUAAUUUUAGAUAUUAAAAGUUAUUGCAAGUUUUUGGGUGGUAGGUCACAUUUGGAAAUUAAGACUAGACAAUUUGACUUUUUCGUUAUUUUGCACCUUAAGAUACCAGUAAGACACAUUGGCCCGAAUUCACAAAGGUGGUUUUUACAACCAUCGGUUGAACCCACGGUUUAUGCAGAUUUCCUGUAUAAAUUACGCUUAAUUCCUGCAUAUAU